CCUCCUUCUUCUUCUAACCAUCAUGGCGGCCGCCAGGAAGCACAAGCGCAUGGCGGCGUCUCAACCCGGGUUUCUGUCUUUUAACUCGGGUCUGGAUGGAAACACUUCGGAUAUUAAACGGCGAAAACGCGUGAACAAAAAUAAGAAAAAGAACUGGAACAAAUACAGUGAUAUCCAGGAUGUGGAGGAGUUUCUGGACGACGUGCGGCUUCAGGAGAAAGCAGCUGGGGGGUUGAUAGCUGAAAAACCCGAUGCCAGUCUCUUCUUUGUGGACAUUGGUGAAAAAGACAAAGAAACUCAACCACAGACGACAGUUAGGAAAGGUAAACGCUCCAAACCUCUGCGGAUAGAUCUCAUUCUUCAGCCGGAUUCCCGCGUACCUGCCCCCAAAAAUGUCUUGGCGUUCCAGCAGCCCAAUGGUAAAAAGCAGCGGCGCAUGGCAGAGAAAGCGGCGAGGUUGGCGGCCAUGGGAGUGUUGCCUCGAAGAGAAAAGCUUCUUCAACUCCGAAGAGCUGCCGCUGCCUCUGGGCUGCCCGUUAAACAAACUCCAGUGGCCAAUAACAACCCAGCGAGAGCGUUUUAUGACCUGUGGAGUGCAGGCCCGCCGGAGACGGCCGAUCCCUUCUACCUUGAACAAACUAAACAAAAGCUUGUCAAGAGACCAGACAGGCUGAAUGAGAAACCUUCAGUUCUUCCUGCAAUUGAGGUCGUCGGUCCUGGAGGCUCAUACAACCCAGACUUCUUUUCUCACCAGGACCUGCUUCGUGAAGCCCAUGAGGUGGAGGUCAAGAAGCUGAAAGCAGAGGAAAGGUUGGCACGUCAGCUGGCUGUGAAAGAGGACAUCGCCAAUGAGGAGAGCAGCUUUAAAGAGCAGGUGGAGGGAUUGAUCGAAGAAGGGGAUGCUGAACCGGAAGAGCCAGAAGGGGGCAGCGAAGACACAGUCAUCGGGCCGACCGCAACGCAGGAGAAGAAAACUGAGAAACAGAGGAGGAAAGAGAAGGCCCAAAGGAUCAAGGAGUUGCGGAGGAAGGCCGAGCGUCAGAUGAUUGACAGGCAGCAGCAAUUGUUCCAACUGCGAUCCAUCCGUGCCAACCUGAAGACGCAGGAGCAGAGGACCAAACAGAGGCAGGCUCAGCGGAGGGCCAAUCAGGAGGCGCAGAAGAGCAUGCCUCGCAGACUCGGCAGACUCAAGUUUCAGGCACCUGAUCUCGAUGUGCAGCUGAGCCAUGAGCUCGCCGGGUCUCUUCGCAGUCUGAAGCCAGAGGGCAGCAUCCUAAAAGAUCGAUUUAUGAGCUUACAGAAGAGAAACCUUAUUGAGCCCAGAGAAAGAGCCAAGUUUAAGAGGAAGUACAAGGUGAAGUACUCGGAGAAGAGAGCGUUCAGGGAGAUAGUGUGACCGCACAGUUGUUUCUCAGUCCUCCAACAAAUUAUUAUAGUGUGCUAUUCAUGUUGCAAGAAGAAAAUAAAGCCGUUAUAUUCCAAC